AUGAUUGACUUGUCUAUUCUUAGAAAUAAAGACACCCGGCAGCUUGUCAUGGAAAGUGAAUCUAACAGAUUCCGUGGCACAAAAACAGCAGAAAAAGUAGUGGAUAUGAUAGAAGAAAGAAUAAAAAUAAGAUAUGUAAUGGAACAACUAAAUAAAGAAAUGAAUAGUCUUACAAAAGAAGGGAUGAAGUAUUUUAAAGUAACAAAGGAUAAAGGCUCACCAGAGGACAAUGGAAAGAAACAAGAAUUAUUAGACAGAAUAGCAGAAAUAAAAGAAAAGAAGAGUAAGUGUGUAGUAGAGUUAAACACAAAAGAAGAAGAGACGGAUAAUAUAGCAAGAGAAAUAGGAAAUAUUCUGGAUAAAUCUGUGUGUAUAGAUGAUAAUGAAGAUAACAAUCCAAUAAUUGUACAGACAGAAAAGAGAACUAAAGAAUUUUGGCCUAAGCAGUUAUUAUCAUAUGAUUUGGUACUGGACAGAUUGGGUGUAGUGGAUACAGAAAGAGGGACUAGAAUAUCUGGGCACAGAGGGUAUUUCUUAAAAGGUGCGGGUGUUAUUCUUACACAGAGUCUUAUACGGUAUGCACUGGAUUUUUUACGUAAGAGUGAUUAUACGCUGAUACAAACACCUUUUAUGAUGAGGAAGGAGUCAAUGAAAAGAACUGCACAGUUAAGCGAUUUUGAUGAGCAGCUAUAUAAAGUAGAAGGCGGGAAUGAUUUGUACUUGAUUGCAACCUCUGAGCAACCACUCUCUGCGCUGCACGAAGGUGAGUGGAUAAAAGAAACAGAACUACCUAUUAGAUACGGUGGAUAUUCCACUUGUUUUAGAAAAGAGGCAGGUGCCCAUGGAAAGGAUAACAGAGGUAUAUUCAGAGUGCAUCAGUUUGAGAAGAUUGAGCAGUUUUUAAUUACUGCCCCAGAAGAGAGUGAGGCAGAGUUUAAGAAGAUGGUUGAUAGAUCCAAGGCAUUCUAUGACUCACUUGGGCUGUCUUACAGAGUAGUGUCGAUUGUUUCUGGCGCACUUAACAAUGCAGCAGCAAUUAAAUACGAUUUAGAAGCACUCUUCCCCGCCUCAGACAGGUAUAGAGAGUUAGUUUCAUGCUCUAACUGCACAGAUUACCAGAGCAGAGACUUAAAUGUGCGGUACAGGCCAACUGAAAGCAAUGAGGAAAAGCAGUUUGUGCACAUGCUGAAUGGAACACUCUGCGCGGUGCAAAGAACUCUUUGUUGUCUUGUGGAGAACUAUCAAACAGAAGGAGGAAUAAUGGUGCCAGAAGUUUUAGUUCCAUAUGUGGGAGAAACCUUUAUUCCAUUCAUUAGAGAAUAAUUUUCAACUAUGUACUAUUUUUAGGAUAGAAAACAGCUGAAAAAUGGAAAUGCAUAAAAACAAGAUUUGUUUUUAAAAUAACCAGAUAUUUAUUUAUUUGAGUACACAGU